AUGAUUAUGGCUAAAGAAUUAGAGGUGACUGGUUACUUGGAACACUGUAAACUUGCCCAAGAACUGAACGGAAUUAUUUGGUAUCGUAUUUUGCUUGCCUGGUCUUUUCUGGCAUGCUUUUUUGCCACGUACGCUCAAUCUUCAUUCAUUCUCAAUAAAAUCCUCCGUCUUCGUUUCCAAGGAAACAUGACAUUUUUGCUUUUCGCCUAUUUUACAACGAGCGCAUUGUUCUCAUUGGUAUCCACAGGAGGAUUUGGGUGGCGUAACGCUGCAUCACUGUUCUCCACAAACUGUGAUUUGUUGAUUGAUCGUGAGAUAUUCAUUUGGUACCAUUUGUCUUCUCUUGUCAUGAUGACCAUGCAAAUGUUGAUUCCUCUUGGGUUCUCAAUUGAGCGUAUUGUUGCUUUCAACAAUGCUGGGCAUUAUGAACACCGAAGAACCAAAUUGGGACCACUCAUUUUUCUUUUAUUGACUGUCGUCGAUGGUCUGAUCAUUUAUGGAGUGUUUCACACGGAAAAAUUCACUGGCCCAUUUGUUUCAUUGAUCUUGGUUCCAUCAUCUACUGCUCUCUAUUUCAACAUUUACUACAUCGCUCUACUUCUCAUUCAAAUUUUCAACAUGGUUAUCAUUAUUGUUUUGAUGAGACUGAUGAAACAGAAGCCAAGAAACAAUGUUUUAUCCCUCCGAUACGAGAUCGAAGAAUUCAAAGACGCUUCGGAUUUCAUUUUUCAUAUCAGCUCUUACCACAUUUUCUUUGCUGGCUGCUAUGUUUUCUUCGGACUGUUGGCUAGAUAUUGCGGACCAUUGUUGUUUGAGAAAGUUGUUCACUACACAGCUGCUCGAGCUACUUUUUGCUCAAUUCCCACCUAUAACUUGAUCAUCGUCAUUAUUGGAAUGGGAAAAUUGAAGAAAAUGGAAGAAGGGAAGAAGAAGCGCGUUCUCAAGGAGAUUUCCAUGAGUGCUGUUGGAAAAUCGGGAAUGGCCAACUAUAACAAAAUUUAUCGUCAACUUUGGGAAGUAUAA